GUUAAAUGUCAAUGUAGGCUAGAUGCUAGAUAAUAUUUUUAUUUCGUCUAAGUUUGCCCGGCAUUUAGAGUUUAAUAUGUUUAUAGCAAUUAGCAACUAACGAUUUUUAGUAAUAAAAUGUUAGGUUUGUUAUCAACAAAUAGAGCAUCUUUACAACUGACUCUCGCAAUUCUGAAACCCCAUGUCGUAAAGGCAUCUCAUGCUUUAGAGGGUAUUCGGAGGAUUAUCAAAGAUAACAAGUUUAAAAUUGUGAAGUCAUGCGUUUUAAAAAUAUCACCCCAACAAGUUGAAAGUUUUUAUGGGGAACACAAAAAUAAAUUUUUCUACAAUCGUUUGGUUACAUCUAUGAUGAGUGGAGAAUCUGAGGUGUACAUAUUAGCUAAAGAGAACGCAAUCUCUGAUUGGCGCCAACUGAUGGGACCGACCAAAGUUUACCAGGCAAUAUUCACUCAUCCAGACAGCAUCAGAGGCUUAUACGGCCUGACUGACACAAGAAACGCCACUCACGGAUCAGAUUCUAUGGAUUCGGCUGCGAGGGAAAUUUCUGUCUUCUUCCCGGAUUUCAACAUACGAAGGUGGCUUAUUGAAAAUGGUGGCCUAGUCAAUAUUGAAGGGGUAAAAUCUACAUCACAUCACCAAAUAACAAGCCAAAAUCAGAUUGGAAACAGCACUAGUUGGUAAAAGUAGUUUAGAUACUAUAUAGACAAAAUAUUUAUGAUAUUAAUCGAUAAUCAAGGAUUCUGGUUCUUAAAAUUAUCAAAAUAGCCAACCAGUGAAGGUACAUUUUGUUUUACAUUUUUUUGUGAGUUCAAUUUUAAUUUUUUACUAGAUUUGUCGAUAAUAUCUGGCAGACUGAUUGAUUGUAAACGCUAUAACCUAUAACUCUACAAUUUCUUUUAAUUGUGUUCCACUAUUUAAAAGAAUUAAGGGUUUAAUAUAUCUACAAACAUUUUGUAAAAUGUUAAAAAAGUAUUUUUGCAAUGUUAGUAAGAUCAUAAAAUUCUUGUACCAGUUUGCAUGAAACUAGUAUUUGAUUCUCUGAGAUCAAAAUUACAUACAUCUCAUGACAGUUUUUUGACUACCAUAAAUUUUAGUAUACCAAUAAAUAUGAUCAAUAAAAAUUUAAUUUGCUGCUGUGUAAUGAAUAGGGGCAGUUAAGACUUUGAGAGAAUGUUCACUAAAUUAUUUAUUCCAUUACGGUUUACAACCUAUAAAAUGUACAGGCUUUUACCAGAAGUUCAUGUAUGGAGAUUUAACGUUCCUCCAACUGUGAUAGAAUGUAGUUAGUCAGUUACCGUUAUUACCUGUAAAGUUUGUUUAUUAACACUAUUAGACUUAGAAUGUUAUGUUUAAAUUGUUAUUGUCAUAAGUUAUUUAAAAUGUUUCAAUAGUUUAUGAACAAAUUGUGAUUCAAUAAAUGUGU